GACACACCGUAAUACACACAACGAAAAAAUCGUCAACCGGAAUGGGUCUAUUUUUAUGCUACACGCUGCUGACGCUCGCGGUCACUUUCACUGGAAACGCGUACGGAGGCAAUCUGGUAAAGCGGAGUCUCAAAAACACAGUACCCUGCUUCGAGGAUGGACGGUUUUACAGAAAUCCUGAUCGACCCGAGCAGAAAAUGUGGACAAACACCGAGUGCGCCAAGUACUAUCUCUGCCUGGAUGGGGAAGUGUUCGAGUUCAAAUGUUCCGUUGGGCUGCUGUUUGAUGUGUCGCGGCAAAUUUGUGACUUUAAGCAGAAUGUGGAGAACUGUGACGUGACCGCAGAGGCCCGUGUCCCAAAACCUCUCCUAGAAAAUGCAAAAUGUGAAGAACGAUCCCAGCUCGGAUGCGGUGAUGGAACCUGCCUGCCGAACGAAUACUUCUGUGACGGCUCUGUAGACUGUGAGGAUGGUUCGGACGAAGGUUGGUGCGAUGUGGAAAACGACCCAAAUGCAGCCGAUCCUUGCGAUCUAUCCGUGUGCGAGCUACCGGAUUGUUUCUGCUCCAAGGAUGGUACAAUCAUCCCAGGACGGUUGGAACGCUAUCACACACCUCAGAUGAUUCUUCUAACGUUCGACGAUGCAAUCAACUUCGAAAACUGGGAACUGUACACGGAGAAAAUCUUUACCCCGACGCGUAAAAACCCUAACGGAUGUCCUAUAAGGGCGACAUUUUUCAUAUCGCAUCAGUACACCAACUAUGCCCAGGUGCAGCGAAUGUGGAACGAUGGACACGAGAUUGCGGUCCAUUCGAUCACACACCGAGGGCCGGAAGAGUGGUGGUCACGCAAUGCUACGAUUGAGGAUUGGUUCGAUGAGAUGGUGGGCCAGGCGAAUAUUAUCAACCGAUUUUCGAACGUCCGGAUGGAGGAACUGCGUGGGAUGCGGGUCCCAUUUCUGCGUGUCGGUUGGAAUAGGCAGUUUCUUAUGAUGAAGGAGUUUGGCUUUGUGUAUGAUUCGUCGAUGGUGGCCCCGUUUUCGAAUCCACCGCUAUGGCCUUACACACUUGAUUACAAGAUGCCACAUGCUUGCAAUGGGAAUAAUCAGUACUGUCCUUCACGAAGCUAUCCGGGUAUAUGGGAGCUGGUGAUGAAUCAGUUGGAGGCGGGCGAGUAUACUUGUGGCAUGGUGGACACAUGCCCACCGCACAUGAACGGGGAGGACGUGUAUCGGAUGUUUGUGCACAACUUUAAGCGGCAUUAUCACACGAACCGGGCACCGCUAGGGCUGUACUUUCACUCCACGUGGUUCCGCAAGCAGGAGUAUCUUGAUGCUUUCUUGAGAUUCCUUGAUGAUAUGGCCAAAUAUCCGGAUGUGUACUUCGUCACCAACCAUCAGUCGAUCGAGUGGAUGCGUAAUCCUACCACCUCAAAUCAGCUCGGCCACUUCGAACCGUGGCAGUGCCGACCGAAGCAGUUAGACCCACAGGAACAGGCCUGCAAUCUGCCCCGUACCUGCAAGCUACACAGUCGCGUCCUGCAGCAGGAUCGCUACCUUUCCACCUGCAACGAAUGUCCGGCCCAGUACCCUUGGAUAAGGAACGAGUUCGGAUUGGACUAA